UCCUGGGCGAUCUGGGGUCUUUUCCAAGGCGGCAGGACACAGUUUGAACCGUGGUGCUGCCACAGUUACACAACAACACUUUGGGGGUUUUCACCGCAGUGGGGUGGGGGGAAGCCAGAAAGCGACACCUGGAGCGACGCGUAAAAAUCACUUCCACCCGCCGCCCCCACACUGCGAGUGAUGUUCCAGAGAUGGCCUGAACUUUUGAUUUCGUUUGACUUCUGCGGAGGUAGCUUGUUGUCCACGUUGAGAUCCUGAGGGUCGGACCGACGAGGAGCUGGGAUCAUGCAGCGUGUGGAGACCAACUGCGGGUGAUCCCUCCGCGGAGCAGCCUGCCCGCCCUGUGUGCUCCCUGGCCGGGGAGGAGAUGCGUGCUCGGGAUGGGACUGUGCCUCGGGACCGAAGUGACUGAGGAGGAGAAGAGGGCGAGGAUCCACAGCGUCAAGAUAGACAGGGACCUGUACGAGUUCGCCAAGCGGGACAUGAACCUGGUGAAAGUCCUCCUGCUAGGUGCAGCAGAGAGCGGCAAAAGCACGUUGGUCAAACAGAUGAAGAUCAUCCACAGUAAUGGAUUCACUAAGCAAGAGCUAACCAGCUUCAAGCCUGCAGUCCUGGAUAACCUCCUGACCUCCAUGAAGUUUGUCCUCCACGGGAUGGGUGUCCUCCGGAUUAACCUGGCUAACAGCAGGAACAAGAUCCACGCCCAUUCGGUCCUGUCGUGUGGGCGGUGUUUUGACGAAGAUCAGGUGCUCUUUCCCUUCCUGAGCCACGCCCUGUCCUGCCUGUUGACCGACCAGGGGGUUAGGGCUGCGGCGGCCCGGGGAUACGAGUACGAACUUAACGACUCGGCACUGUAUUUCUUUGAGAACAUGACGCGCAUCACGUCUCCAGACUACGUGCCCACAGAGACUGACGUCCUGCGCGUUCGACUGAGGACGACGGGUGUGAUAGAGACCCAGUUUAAAGUCAGCCACCUCAUUUUCAGGAUGUACGAUGUUGGAGGCCAGCGAACUGAGCGCAGGAAGUGGAUCAGCUGCUUCGAGGACGUCCGGGCGGUGCUGUUCGUGGUGUCGCUCAGCGGUUACGACAUGACCCUGGUGGAGGACCCCUCCAUGAAUCGUCUGCAAGAGAGCAUGAAGCUCUUCUCCUCCAUCUGCAACAAUGUCUUCUUCCGCAGCACGUCCAUGAUUUUAUUCAUGAACAAGAUUGACCUUUUUCAAGACAAGAUUUUACACUCUGGACGACAUCUGCGGUUAUACCUGCCACAGUUUAAAGGCGCAGACUGCGACGUGGAUUCGGCCGCCCGCUUCAUCGCUGCCACCUUUGUUUCGCUCAACGCCAUGGCCAGCAAGCUCAUCUACCACCACUUCACCACGGCGACGGACACCUCCAACAUCCAGGUCGUCUUUCAGGUGGUCAUGGACACAAUUAUCAAAGAGAACCUGGAGGCAGUUUCUCUUCUGUGACCGACAGCGGACGUCACCGGACAGUCGGCCCUGUUCCUGUUUGGAUGUUUCAUUUGAAAAGGCGAAACCAAGCAAAGAAAAGGGAUUGAAGAGAACAUGAAGAUCCUCUUAUGGAAGCGUUAGUGUUUAGUUUUCUCUCUUGAGGAGCAGUCUGGGAGCUUGAGAUGCUCUUUGUUGCAUUUCAUCCUUUGUGAUGCUUAAUAUAAUGUAGCUUUGAAAAAAGUCUGGAAACACAUUAAGGACGGAAGACAACCAGUGGCCCAAUCCUCUGAUUUUGAGGUUUAGCCCAGCUGACAUGUUGACUUUUGAAGUUUGAGUUGAGAAUAAUGGGCAUUUUGUUUUGUACUGUGCUUUUAAAUCAGACUAUAAACUGUGACGCUACAUUUUCUCAAGACUCAACAGAGAUGCCAUAUAUUUCACUGUCUUAUUGUGUUUGUGUGUGUGUGUGUGUGUGUGUGUGUGGGCAGGCAGGCAGGACACAGGACAUGAGGAGGAUUUACUGUUAUUCCGUUACUUCCCCGGUGCAGGGCUCACUCUCGCAUACAAUUUAGUGUUUUCCGCUCAUUUAUCACCGUGUCCCCGCUGUGUGCAUCCCGUGCGUCACACAACCUCUUAAUGAGGCGGCGAUCGCAGUAAAAGCACCCUAGUUUGCGUUCACUCUUCCGCAGCUGAAAUCACAGCACACACGUUCAUUAUCAUCUGUGCAACGCUCGUUCCCCUGACUCUUGCGAUUCAGCGAUGAUGCUGGGAGCUUUGAUAUUGGACAUGGGGAAAAUAAGAUGAGGACUUAUCCCUGAAGCUUGGCGACUUGUUUCAUUUUCCUGCUUGAUGAUUAUUGUUGUAAUAUCCGACACACACACACAGAUACACACGCACACACACACGGACCCUGGUUUGUCAAGCAGGAUGCUGCCUCUUUGUGAUUUGUGUGACAUUAACUCUGAAGGCUCCCCUGAGCGACUGACUGAGAGAUCACAGCAGCUCCUCUCUGACUCCAGUAACAAACAAGAUGUGCUAAUGACUGAUAUGAACUCUGAAGGUGAGAGAUAGAUAAAAAAAACACCCCCAAGUGCCUUAUGAUGAAGUGCCUUUCUUCUGCUGUGUAAAUAAAAAUGCGUCAUACAUAUAUAUAUAAUCUC